CGCAUCGGAGGAGGAAGUUGACACUCCACUUUCUCCCAUCACCUAUCGGGAGACAUUUCGAAUAGAACCUCUGCAUGACAAGCGAUUCACGUCUCACUUUCCGGCGGUGCUCCAUACCAACCAAGACGCUCCUUGAUUGAGGAUGUAAUGUCUGGCCGCAUGCUGGUCGCACCCCUAUGCAUACUGUGAUUCAAGUCUCAUACGCCGGUCGUCGGUGGAAGGCAUGGAUCAUCCUACUCACUGUGCGAGUUUGUCCGCAACAAUUCGCGUACUCCUCUGGUUACCUCUGUUAUCCGGCAAAUGGUUUCGUUCGACAUCCCAGCAUCGCUUGAACAUCCAUAAAUACUGCUCCUAGAUGGUAUUGUAACCACAACACAGUACCCCUCGCCCCAGCCCCCCAGUCAUCAUGCUCACUUCAAGCCCGCUUCUUGUCGCUGCCUUCGCCUGCCUCGCCGCGGUAUCUGCUACUCCCAUCGACAUCACUCGGGAUGAAGGAUUGUCAAUCCCCCUCAGCAAGCGCAGCAACCUACGCUCCGAGACGGGAGUUGUGAACUUGGAUGUGCUCAAGAAUCAGCUGGCCAGAGUACAGAACAAGUACGCUCGUACCUUGAAGCAAUACGAAGCCAAUUUAGGAAGACCACACACUCUCGCCCCCGGAUUCUUCGACAGCCUCAAGAAACGCAGCACUGCUUCCGACGGAAUGACAGACGACGGUGACAUGGAGUGGUACGGAAACGUCGUAGUGGGUACACCUGCGCAGACGUACACCGUGGAUUUUGACACAGGCUCGAGCGACUUCUUCCUCCCCGAUUCGUCCUGCGGAGACUGUGGAAGCCAUGAUACGUAUAACCCUUCCUCUUCGUCAACGUCUAAACCCCUUGGCAAGACAUUUACACUGACUUACGGCGAUGGUUCCGAGACUUCUGGCACCCAGUAUACUGAUACGGUAUCUAUUGGCAGUCUGACAGUCAAGGACCAGACGUUGGGCUCAGCGACCUCCUACUCGAGCGAAUUUGAAGAAAGUGUGCAAGACGGGCUAAUGGGUCUUGCCUGGCCCCAACUCUCCGUCUACCCAGCGACACCUUUCGUGUUCAACCUCAACAACCAAGGCGCCCUCUCUUCCGGUUCCUUCUCCUUCAAACUCGCUGAAUCCGGUUCGAGCCUCUUCAUCGGCGGGGCAGACUCGUCUCUCUAUACCGGGAGCUUCUCCUAUACACCGGUGACGGAACAGGGCUAUUGGGAGGUGACGACAAACUCACUCAAGAUCGGCGGUACUACGGUGGCGAGCAAUCAGAACUCGAUCGUUGAUUCGGGAACUACGCUCAUCUAUGUCGACUCGUCCAGUGCCCAAUCACUUUAUUCGCAUAUUUCCGGAGCGAAGGAAGACGACUCUCUGGGAGACGGUGUCUAUACCUUCCCGUGCAACAACGUCCCCAACAACAUAGAGGUCGUCCUCGCCGGAAAGACUGUCACCAUCUCCCCCGACGUAUUCAACUUCGGCCAAGUCUCAGCAGGGUCAAGCAUGUGUGUAGGCGGUAUCGCGGCAGGCAACUUUGGAUUCUGGAUCUUGGGCGACGUCUUCAUGCGGAACGUUUACACCCAGUUUGAUAUGACGAACUCACGUGUGGGCAUCGCGACUCUUGCUUGA